AUGGCUGUGAUUGGUCGAAACUCUGCUGAGGUCAGUCGAUUUCGUAUAAACGAUCUGCAGAGAGCUUGCAUCUUUGAUUUUUUAUUUACUCAGAAAGUUUCAUGGACUUCACAUUUGAGAACUGUGAUCAAAAAAAGUGUCAUACAAGUACCUCAUGUAAGUUUCCUUUUUUCUCAUCCAACUCCUGUUCUCGCUGAUAUCGCGAGUAAAAACAAAGGAACAAUAAUCCCCUUUGUUGAAAGCCAGACAUCUUUGUUUUAUAUGCUUAUGUCGUCUUACGGUUCCGAUAACAAAGAACCGUAUACCAAUAGGCGCUCCAUAAGGAUGCUAAUUGUAGUAAUCAUAAAAACGACACAAGGACUCUCCCACUUGAGGAAGCGCAGGGUCCUGAGCCCCAAUUCAUUUUGCAAAUGUGUCAUUGAG